AUGCUCGUUCGCAGGUGGCUCCAAAGGCCUUGGACUUGCUGCCUUGUAAGCCCAGUCGGACUCACCUUCACACAGGCACGCAAGACUAAUAAAACUCCCUGCAUUGUCCCCAGAGAAAUUCUGCUCAAAAAAGGGUACAAUGUUGUCGCGUUGCAACGGUCGGAAACGCCCGAACUGGUCAAGCUCGCCGACACCUACUCGGGCUCACUGGUCAUCUCCAAAGGCGAUGUCGCCAAGGAUGAGGAUAACAAGGCGAGCCUUGUCGUCAUAUGGAAUGACUGAUUUUUGAGCUGACGGAAAGCUUGGGCCUCCGCUGCGCAUCGUCGCUUGUGCAGGCCGCCGUCGAUGUCGCGAUGCAGAUGUACAGCCGUCUCGAUGGCUUGAUCCGUUAGUCCAACUCAUCGAUUCUGCACCUCCCUGUCCGCCCAUAGUAGACGCAAUUCAUCACAUUCUAACUCUUAUUCCCAGUCAACGCCGGCACGCUAUCCCCUCUCGGCAAAAUAUCCUCCAUGACGGACCGCUUGGCUGAACACAAAGCCCUCUUCGACACCAACUACUUUUCCCUCGUAUCCAUCAUCUCCCAUGCUCUACCGUUCUUGAACGAGAGGGCGAACAAGGACCUUCAGGAAAGGGAGGAAAUUUCCGGUAGGAUCGUAAUGGUUUCCAGUGGGGCUUCGACCGGGGGUGUAGCGGGGUGGGGGGCGUAUUCGUCAGUCGAGAUCGCAACGCCCAGCGCUCUCUCCGAAUACGAAGGUGUUCAUUCCUGAAAAAGCCCGAUGUUCCUUCCUACAGUGCCUCUAAAGCAGCGAUGAACUCGCUCGCCCGCACACUAGGCAACGAAGAACCCAAUAUCUCGACCCUCGCCGUGCGCCCCGGCGUCGUCGACACGGAGAUGCAAACCUCACUUCGCGCAACAGGGGAACAGCACAUGAGUGCAAAGGAUUUCUCCAAGUUCACGGGUCUGCACGAGAGGGGCGAGCUGGUCCCACCGGAGAAACCGGGAGCUGUUUUGGCCGGUUUGGCGAUCAAGGCGACGAAGGAGUGGAGUGGGAAUUUCGUCAGUUGGGAUGCGGAGGAGAUGAAGGAGUAUGCGAUGUGA